AUGGCGACCCAGGCUAGCGAUGCGUACAGGCUCCCGACUAAUGUCAAGCCUACGCAUUAUGAUCUCACUAUUCGUACCGAUCUCGAGAAGGAGGCUUUCUCUGGAGCCGUGAAGAUCAGCAUCGACAUCGUCGAACCCACGACGCAGAUCGUACUUCACGCGGCCGAAGAACUCGUCUUGGACGACGAGUCUCUCAGCAUUACAUCGGUGCCCGGCUCUUCGGAGGUCAAGGCUGGCAAAUUCAGACUAUCCGGCAGUGGGAAGAGCUACGAUCCCGUCACGCAACGUGUCUCCUACACGCUUCCCGUCCAGCUUCACCCCGGAACCAAAGCUGUGCUCUCUAUCGCGUUUAACAACACCCUUACGGACAGCAUGGUUGGAUACUACAAGUCUCAAUGGCCUGGAGGCAUCUACUCGUUGACCCAGUUCGAGUCGACCGAUGCGCGUCGUGCUUUACCAUGUUGGGAUGAGCCGCUGCUCAAGGCUACAUUCGGCGUCACGAUGAUCUCGCGUUCUGACACUGUUUCGCUUGCCAACACCGGCGCACUUCCCGACGCGCCGAACCCAUCCACGCUUGCCAGCGACUUCUCGCCUUCUGUCGCCGAGGCGCUCUACGCCGGUGUCGAGAAGGGCGAAUGGGCCGCGACGACGUUCGAGAAUACGCCGCCGAUGUCGACUUACCUCCUCGCAUUCGCCAAUGGUCCCUUCGAGUACAUCGAGAGCAGCUACACAUCUAUCAAGGGCAACGUCCGGCCGCUCAGGAUCUACGCUACGAAGGAUGCCAUCGGGCAAUGUCAGUUCUGCCUCGACGUGACCGUUCGUGCUGUACCGCUGUACGAGAAGGUGUUCGACGUGGAGUAUCCGCUCAGCAAGCUCGACACACUUGUGGCCCAUGACUUCGACGCUGGCGCGAUGGAGAAUUGGGGUCUCAUUACAGGCCGCACCUCCGCCAUUCUGGUUGACCCCAACAGCCAGGACCUCACCCGGCGGAUGCGCGUCGCAGGGACGCAGUCGCACGAGAUUGCGCACAUGUGGUUCGGCGACAUCACGACAAUGGCCUGGUGGGACAACCUCUACCUGAACGAAGGAUUCGCGACGGUGAUGGGCGAAUCCAUCAUACUCGACCAGCUCUUCCCCGAAUGGCGCGUCAACUCGCAGUUCAUCAACUCCAACCUCAACCAAGCGCUCCGUCUUGACGCGAAGCUGUCGUCGCACCCUAUCGAGGUUCCGCUUCCCGACCCGAACCAGAUCAACCAGAUCUUUGACUCGCUGUCGUAUGCGAAGGCUGCAUCGGUGCUCCGUAUGCUGUCGGAGUAUGUCGGCGAGAAGGAGUUCUUGAAGGGCGUCAGUCUCUACCUCAAGAAGCACAGCUACAAGAACACCGUCUCCGCGGACUUGUGGGCUGGCGUAUCCGAGGCUACCGGCAAGGACAUCAACGAGCUCAUGCACAACUGGGUCACUGCUAUGGGCUUCCCGGUGCUCAAGGUCACCGAGUCGGAAGACGGGAAGAGCAUUAAAGUCCGCCAGGAUCGCUUCUUGGAGGAUGGCGAGCCCAGUGACAAGGACAACGAAACGAUUUGGACUGUACCUCUCGCGAUGCUCUCUUCCAAGGGUCUCGACCGCUCUGCCGUACUCGACAAGCGCGAAGCCAGCUUCGAUAUCGAUACGACCAGGCCGUGGAAGCUGAACGCAGGGACCGCUGGCGUAUACCGUGUGCUCUACACGCCCGAGCGCCUCCAGAAGAUUGCUGCCCAAGCAGCUGAGAGCGACUCUCCCUUCGCGCUUGAGGACCGCAUAGGUCUUGUGCACGAUGCCAUGGCGCUCGCGAAGAGUGGGCAGUUGAAGAUUAGCGCGGCGCUUGGACUUGUGUGGGUGUGGCGCGCUGAAGCCGAGUACCUCGUAUGGCAGGGCAUUUCGGACAACCUCGGCAUCGUCGUCGGCACCUGGAUGGAGAACGAGCACAUCAAGUCCCAACUCGACGCGUUCCGCCGUUCACUCUACGCUCCGCUGGUACAGAAGCUCGGCUACGAGUACCGCGAAGGCGAGAGCCCAGAUGACACGCAGUUGCGCAUGGUGGCGGUUGGCGGCGCUGCCGCUGCUGGCGACGAGGGCGUGUUGAAGGAGCUGAAGAGCCGAUUCGCGAAGUACAUCGCCGGUGAUGAGAGCGCUGUGCCUGCGGAUCUUCUCAGCACGACGUUCGCGCAGAGCGUGAAACAUGGCGGGGUUGAGGAGUACGAGGCUGUGCUCAAGCUCUUCGAGGCGGGGAAGAACCCCAGCGUCCACCAAGCGUCUAUGCGCGCGUUAGGCGCCACGCAGGACCCGGCGCUGAUUGAGCGCACACUUGGACUCAUCGCUACGAAAUCGAGGAACCAAGACGUGAUCUACUUCUUCUGGGGCCUCAGCGGGAACCUCAAAGCGCGCCGUCCUCUUCGCGAUUACUUUGAGAAGGAGUACGACACUCUCUAUAAGCGCUUCGAGACGACAUCGACGACCAAAUACCUCGUCAGCACUACCUACGCCGGGUUCUCCACGAAGGAGGACCUCGAGCGCGCGGAGAAGUUCUUUGAGGGUAAGGACGUGUCUAAGUACAAUAUGGCACUUGCGCAGGCGUACGAUUCGAUUAAGGCGAAGAUUCGGUGGAUCGAGCGCUCGACGGAUGAUCUGCAAGUUUAUCUCAAUGAGUGGGAGAAGGAUGCUAGUGCUAAGCUGUAG